GUGUGAUUAAUAGAUUUAAUUACCGAAUAAUCUGAAGAGAAGAAAACAAAAUUGAAAUAAAGACAGAGAGGUUAAAUAAGGCAAAGCAAACGGUCACACACAAAGAUUCGUCUCCAAAAACUCUCUAUUCCCUCCGGACAAUCCCAUCUUCUUCUUCUUCCUUAUUGUCUCUUUCUUCACAGAUUUCAAUAAAAAUCCUUUGAUCCUUCUUCUCUUCUCUUUUCCCUUUCAAUAAUAAAAGUUUCUCUCUUUUUACUUUUUUACAAUUCUCUCUGGUUUUGGUUUGUGUGUGUUUCUUUAGACUCUCUACCACUGUUGCUACUUCUUUGGGAUGUGUUUGUUCCAAUUUCGAAGAAACCUCGUGAAGACGAACCAACCCAUUUUGCCUUGUAGGUUGCUUGUUUGGAAGCAAAACUGGCAGUUGGGGAAAUUCCUCUUUUGAGAGAAAAGCAUUCUUCUUCUUUAAGCUCUGUUUCAUGGAUUGACAAUAGCUCAAGGAAUAAUGGAUUACUUAUCUCAAGAGGAAGAUUUGCAGUUUUUCGAUGCUAACGAAGAGAUGAUGGCAUUGAAUCCAAGUGGUUUUGGAUUUGAUGUAUGGAAUGAUUCACCUGGAAGUGUUGUGGAGCGGCGGAGGAAGUUCUUGGAGUGGAUGGGAGUUGAAGAAGAAGGGCGUGUUGAGACGAAGGAUUCGGUUUCUGGAAGUAGUGUGGAGUCUUGUUUUGAUGGAGGUGAAGAGAAUUCUGUUGAAGCUGAGGAGAGAUCUGGAGAGUGCAGCAGUUCUUCUAGUGAGGUUUCAUUGUCUGGUUCAAGCGUUGAAGUUUCCGAGGAAUUGUCUUUGAGAGUAGACAGAAAUGUGGGUGGAUGUGAUGUGACGAGAAGACAAAGCUCUUCAAUGGCGUCAUGUUCUAGUUCCAGAUAUUGCCAAGUGAAGGAAACCGAGAAGCAGAGGAAUAUCGCAGGGCUAGUCACGAGUUUUAAGAAGGGAUGGUUAUCGAGGCUUCGGUCUAUGGGAUGUACCGCGGAUACAAAUAUCGAAUCUGGUGGUAGAAUGAGAGCUUCUUCUGGUUAUGGUGAUGUGAUUUCAAGAGUUAAGGUUAAGCAUUGUAAGAAGCAGGCAAAGGAGCUUUCAGCUCUUUAUCAGAGUCAAGACAUUAAAGCUCAUGAUGGUGCCAUCUUGGCGAUGAAAUUUAGCAACGAUGGGAAGUUUCUUGCAAGCUCUGGUGAAGAUGGGAUUGUGAGGGUGUGGAAAGUCGUUGAGGAUAAGAAAUCUAGACUACGAAGGGAUUGCCUUAACGAGAUAGAUCCUUCGUGUAUGUACUUUGAGGUAAAUGAUCUUUCUCAGUUGAAACCAGUUUUGGUAAAUGAGGAGAAACCAAAGAAGACUACAGAAAGUUUCAGGAAAACAUCUGAUUCAGCCUGUGUUGUCUUCCCUCCUAAAGUUUUUCGGAUUAUGGAAAAACCAUUAUAUGAAUUCCGUGGGCACACGGGUGAAGUCUUGGACAUCUCAUGGUCAAAAGAUAAUUAUUUGCUUUCGGCGUCAAUGGAUAAAACUGUCCGCCUUUGGAAAGUUGGUAGCAAUGAUUGUCUUGGAGUUUUCGCUCACAAUAGUUAUGUAACCUCUGUUCAGUUCAACCCGGUAAAUGAGAAUUAUUUCAUGAGUGGUUCAAUUGAUGGAAAGGUUCGAAUUUGGAACAUUUCCGGUUGCAGCGUUGUUGAUUGGGCAGAUCUCAAAGACAUUAUAUCGGCAGUGUGUUAUCGUCCGGAUGGACAAGGUGGAAUCAUCGGUUCUCUGAACGGGAGUUGCAGAUUCUUUAACAUGUCUGGAGAAUUUUUAGAACUGGACUCUCAGAUACAUUUGCAUAACAAAAAGAAGUCUUCAAAUAAACGCAUAACUGGUUUUCAGUUCUUACCACAAGAACCGACUAAAGUCCUGGUUGUUUCCGCGGAUUCCAAAGUCAGAAUUCUCCAAGGCAACAAUGUCGUCAGAAAAUACAAAGGCGUUUGCAAGACGAGAAGCCUCACAUCAGCAUCUCUCACAUCUGAUGGAAAACACAUUGUUUCAGCUUGUGAGGACUCCAAUGUAUAUAUAUGGAGCAAUGAUGAGGAAUCAGAAACCAAAAAGAUUCGAUCUUUUGAACGUUUCUCCGCCAAUGCAUCAGUUGCAGCAACAUGGUGUGGAUUCUCAGAUCACAACACAACUCUCCCGUUUUCUUCUCCAUCAUGCUUAUCUCACAACGAAGGAUUUGUCCCCGGAUCAAUAUCCAAAGGGAGUGCGACAUGGCCAGAGGAAAACCUACCCGCAAAUCCUCUGUCCACAUCCGCGAUGAAUGCAUCUCAUUACAAGUUUCUCAAGUCCUCUUACCAGAGAGCAUCCAGCUCUCUAUCUUGGGGUAUGGUCAUAGUCACAGGUGGUUGGGAUGGACAGAUAAGAACAUUUCAGAACUACGGGUUGCCUGUGACUACUUGAAAAAACCUGUUUCGUUUUCCCAACUUUGGAAAACAAAUCAGAUGCCAUUGUUCCUAUCUUGAUAGGCACAAGCACAUGGUUCUAGCAGAUCAUGAAGCAAUGGUGGGUCCAAAACCAGAUCCACUCUAAGAUCUCUGGAGAUACAUCAAUUAGUCAAAAAGUGAUACAAUUCUGUUACUUCUCCUCAAGAUUUAUCAUCAUCUUGUAGAAAAAUCUUUGAAGAAGUGGUCAGUGGGAGAGGUUUCAAUCGGUUGAUGUAGACGCAGGAGAUGAUAAGGAACAGAUGUUUCUGUUUUUGGCAAUUAGUGGCGGUUGGAGAUGGUUUUUAGACAGUACGGAUUUGUCUGAAAAUUGACAGGCGAUUAUUGUAGGGUCCAAAACCAAGAGAGGCAAAGUAGUGAUCAUGUAAAGGAGUGGUUGAAGGAGAAAGAUGUUGACGUUACUUCCACAAGAAAGAUCUUCCAAUGCCUUCUCCUAAGAUCCUUUUUUCAAUUUAGGAUUUUGUAUUGAUAAAUUUCUAACGUAGUGAUUAUUGAUUCGUUGAUUAUGUGUAAUUUGAGUCUCUAACGUGUAGAUGAGUUUGUUAUAUAGCUUUGUUCUAGAUUUGAUUUCCACUUAUUAUAAGAGACAAAUCAAUAGAUUGUAAGAGCUCUCCACCUCAAAGAGAGGCUCCGGAGAUUUGUAGCUGUAAAUUUUGUACAGAGUAAAACUUGUUUUCUUCCAAGU